AUGAGUGCUUUAUCCUCGGAGAACGUCAACGGGGUCUACAUCCCUUCCGCCCUUUUGGUCGUCGGAACCUUCAUUGUCAAGAAGGAAUGGGUCCCCUUUGCCGUAGCUCUGGCUGCGAUCUUUGCCGGGUGGAAGCUGUCCAGCGGUGGUAGUAGCAGCAGCAAGGCCAGGAAAGUCCUCAACCCCACCGAGUUCCAGGACUUUGUCCUAAAGGAGAAGAACGACAUCUCCCACAACGUCACCAUCUACCGCUUCGCUCUGCCCCGUCCCACCGAUAUCCUCGGCCUGCCCAUCGGCCAGCACAUCUCUCUCGCCGCUACCAUUGACGGCCAGCCCAAGGAGGUCGUCCGCUCCUACACUCCCAUCUCCUCCGACAAUGAAGUCGGCUACUUCGACCUCCUCGUCAAGGCCUACCCCCAGGGUAACAUCUCCAAGUACCUGACCACCCUCAAGGUCGGCGAUACCAUGAAGGUGCGCGGUCCCAAGGGUGCCAUGGUCUACACUCCCAACAUGUGCCGGCACAUUGGUAUGAUUGCCGGAGGUACCGGAAUCACCCCCAUGCUCCAGAUCAUCAAGGCCAUCAUCCGUAACCGUCCCCGCAACGGCGGAAACGACACCACCCAGGUGGACCUCAUCUUCGCCAACGUCAACCCCGAUGACAUCUUGCUCAAGGAGGAGCUUGAGAAGCUUGUUGCGGAGGAUGACGGCUUCCGUGUAUACUAUGUCCUUAACAACCCCCCUGAGGGAUGGACCGGCGGUGUCGGCUUCGUUACCCCUGACAUGAUCAAGGAACGCCUACCCGCUCCUGCCAGCGACAUCAAGGUCCUCCUGUGCGGUCCUCCUCCCAUGGUCAGCGCCAUGAAGAAGGCCACCGAGUCUCUUGGCUACACCAAGGCCCGCCCCGUCAGCAAGCUCGAGGACCAGGUCUUCUGCUUCUAA